AUGGCAACUAGUGGAACAACUGCUCCCAACUGGCUUAAUGUGGACACUGAAGAUGAGAUGCCCAAGCUGACCACACUAUCAAGCUGUAUGGCGUUGAGCGAUGUGCAGUGUGAUGGUUAUGUGCGAUUGCUGGCAGCGGACAUUUCGUUGGAGGACGAUGAGCCGAGCGCAAGGCUGAAGGUAUUCCGCGGACUAAGGCUGAAGCAGGAGCAGCUCUUGCCAGGAAUACCUGCAGCCAUAGAGAGCCUCUACAUAGACGAAACGGAACCAAAGACCCCAGUUAUUGCUGUGGCCAUCGCUGAGUCUGUGUUGUUCUUUCGUCAUAUGAAGCCCUACUUCAAGUUCACGAUACCCGCCUUGGAGGUGGACGAUUUGGAGCUGGAAGUCUGGCGACAAUUGCCGGUUAUGCCGACGAAGCGCGAUGCGUUGUUGGACUCUUUGAGAAAUUUGGAGCAUGCCAAAUUGUCGCGAAAGUCGCAAAAACUUUUGCAGUUGUCAGAGGAGGAACGCGAGUCCUUUAUCAGCACACAUGCCGACUCUCCUGUGGGUCGCCACGGCAACAUUGUGGCCAUGUGUUGCCUCAAACGUGUCUCCAGCGAUGCCAAUCCACCGUCACAUCUUGUGUUGGCCACCGAUACCGGUGACAUACUCAUACUUGAGCCACAGGGCUUCAAUUUGGUGUAUCAGGCCCGGACGUGCGCCUAUGAGACCACGCCUAGUUUGCUCUCAGUGCAGGGCACUUUUGAGACGGACUUUAGCAUUUUAGUGGGUACUCGCAACGGCGGCGUUUACUUGCUGCGAAAAUCCACCAACGAGGGUCACGGUCAGGAGGUUUUUAAAAUUUCCAGCCCACUUACCGGCCUGUUGAUGCUGCCUAUCGAUCAGACAAUUGUGGUGACCACAAUGGAGCACUUCUAUCAAUGCUAUUCGAAGCGUGGCAAGCUACUAUAUCAGGUCCAGCUCAACGCACUGCCAGUCUGCAUUCUGUCGCUGACGCUAAGCCAUUUUGGCAUCACUUUGUUGGCCAUUGCGCUGCAAGGCGGAGUCGUUCAGUUUUACCUGCAACGCUACCUGGUCGAUGAGUUUGUGGUUUCGAGCACCGUAGCUGCCAUGUUGUACGGGCGCAUGGGAAUGGAGGAUCAUGUUCUGACACUGGUUACCCAAGAGAAUCAAAUGUUUGUCAAGAUUUUGCGACGCCUGGCGCGCUUUGAGCCAAAGUCCUCGGCCUUAUCGCUGGCUUCAAAGACAGCCGCAGGCAGGAAAAAAAACGGCGAUGUUUCCAUAUUGGAUAAGCCCAAGAAGAGCUCAAUUUUUGUGGAGCAAGCCGUGCGGGAGAAACAGCAUGCCAAAGCUACCUAUGGCAGUUUUCAAGUGGAAUUGUGGCGUCUCCGGCACACCGCCGCCCGUGCCACUAUUGACGCCAUCAACUCGUCCGAGACCAGCAUUUCCGGAGACCUCACACAUGCGCCCGUAAAGCUGGCAGCUGAAGUUUGCGGCACUGGUCCUGCUUUUCGCCUCUACCUUACUGUUCAGAAUCUGUCCUCAUUCAAAAUGGCCUCCAAUCUUGUAGUGCUGCUGCAUGCCGAUCGCAGACACUACACCAUACAACAGUCUAUGGCCCGACUGCCCAGCGUCUUGCCUGGCGUACCGCUGCGCGUCGAUUUCGAGGUGGUGGCCGUGCUCGAUCCCAUCGACAAACUACCACCGGCGACCCUAACACUGGACAAUGCACAAAUCCGUGUCAUGCUGCUAAAAUCAGGACAGGCCAAGCCUCUCAUAGCGGCUGCAGUCUCCAUGCCACAAUCGGAGGCAGCCUUCUAAAGAGAGGGGCAAUUGCUGUUUGUGUGCAAGCAAACAAAAGAAAACAAAUUGUUUCGUUUUUUUGGCAUACUUGGGGGCGUACUUCUCAUAGACCUUGAUGUAGGCCUCCUUGGACAGACCCUUGUGCGAGUUCCACGCCUCCCACAUGGCCUUUUUCUUCAGAUCAAGG